CCUUAAAUUAAGACCAAAAUUAUUUUUUUGUUUUUGUUUCACGAUAUAGCCAAUUUUUACUUUGUGGCUGUGGUAACUAGUAACAACCGGUCGUUUCACAGGGAAAUUCCUACCCGUCACCUCAGUUUCUAAACCAUACGUUGCUGUCACCGUGCGGUGUGCCCCGUAGUAUCAAACGCUGCCUACAAACUUUUUCCAGGCUGGGAAACGAUACAUUAAAACGGAGAAGAAAGCUCCAUCGACAGAAGAGCGGGGAAGAAGUGAAGGGGAAACCCUGUAACACUGGAGCGAUCAUGUUAGGUGAACGCCGCAAUGGAAACCUGCUUGUCCAGCUGGGCCCGAAGCUACAGGCCUACCCAGAGGAGUUGAUCCGGCAGCGGCGGACUCAUGAUGGCCAGACAGAGUACCUGAUCCGCUGGUGCCUGCUGGCCAUAGACGACGGUAGUGGCUCAGGUGGAGGGAGCAAUGAGACAGGAGGAGAAGGGGGAAGCAGUUCAGGGGUGGGCGGUUCAACCUCAGGCGAGAGCAAGACGGAGAACAUCCUGAUGUGGAUGUCAAUGGAGGACGUCUACGCCAACUGCCCCACGCUGCUGGGCAAGCGCAAGGCAGAUGCCCAGCGGCCCCUCCAGGAGGCAGAGGAGAGGCACGGCGGAGAUUUCCCUAAUGAAGUCACCUUUGAUGAGGUGGAGCUCUCUGACAUGAAGGACGAUGUCAAGAACUUGGUCAGGAGGGCCCGCAAGCAGAUGACCAAGAAGAGCGACUUUGCCAUAAGCAUCACACACACCAUCCAUGUGCUGAGUGCCUACGCCAGCAUCGGCUCACUGGUGGGUGUCUUCAAGGAGACCGGUGCCCUGGACCUGCUCAUGGAGCUGCUCUGCAACAAGGAGCAACAAACCCGUAGAAGUGCUGGGAAGAUGCUCCGGGCUCUGGCCUCUCAUGACGCAGGGAGCCGUGCCUAUGUGCUCCUGUCACUCAGCCAGCAGGAUGGUAUUGAGCAGCACAUGGACUUUGACAAUCGCUACACCCUCCUGGAGCUGUUUGCAGAGACCACCUCCUCUGAGGAGCAUGGCAUCUCUUUUGAGGGAAUCCACCUCCCUCAGAUCCCAGGGAAGCUACUGUUCUCCCUGGUGAAGCGGUACCUGUGUGUGACGUCCCUGAUGGACAAGCUCAACACGGCAGGGGUGGAGUCAAGCUCUGAGCGGCAAGACGCACUAGGCUCCUCCUCAGGGGCAGGCCACCAGCCAGAGAACCUACGUGUCCAGCGAGAGUUUGAGUUCACCAUGGCCAUGGCUAACCUCAUCUCUGAGCUGGUUCACGUCAUGGGUUGGGACCACAACCGGCAACCGCCACAGUCCAGCAGCCUGGCCCAGGGCAGGGCCUGCGGGGAGGACCAGGAGGACGUGCCGCCCCGCCGCAUGCUACGCUCCAUAUUCCAGCCCCGCUUCUCUGCCUCUGCCUUUCCUGUCUUUACCACCUCAAGCAUGGCAGCCACAACACCACCCAAGAAGAAGACCGGCAGCGGCUUCAGGACACGCACAGACUUUGCCAGCCGGUCUGCUUACGUGGAAUACGUGCAGGACAACCUGAAGAGCGGCAUGUUGGUCCGUAUGCUGGAGGACUAUGAGGAAGUCAGCGCUGGUGAUGAGGGGGACUUCCGCUACAGUAACGACGGCUCGCCACCAGUGCAGGUGUACUGGAACUCCCUAUCUCGGACCUACUGGGUGCACUGGCACAUGGUUGAGAUCAUGGCCGCGGGCACCAGUGGACAGGGUGAGAAAGACGUCCAGGAGAAGGCCUCCUCCCUGACUGAGACCAUCAAGCUAACGGCUGGUAAGAGGGGGUCACCUGCACCCAUAGACUCACACUUAAUGAGUCAGACAUUCUUCUCCAAGCCUCCUGGUGGGCUGUACUCGUUGCCUUACCUGGCUGAGGGGUUGCAUGCUGAUGGCGCCACCCUGAGCCGGGCUGAGUGGUGGGAAGUGCUCUUCUUCAUCAAGAAGCUAGAACCAAAGCAACAGCAGGAGAUCAACAACAUCCUACGUCAGAGCCUCGAUGAACAGAUGUCAGACGCAGAUGAGGCCACUCUUAUCCGGCUGUCGGUGCCAGGCGAGGUGGCCCGUAAGUUGCUCCACUACCUGAAGCAGACCCUGCAGAACUCGUGUCUGUGGGACCUGCUCUGCUCCCACUCCUUCUCUAAACACUACAUGCGGCGCGGUGGGGGAGGCCUGGAGGAUGACGAGCUGCUGCCCGACGGCUGCCCGGGCUCUUCUGGCCUGGGAGGAGGACAGGGCACCUCUUCAUCUGCUGGCACUGCUUCCUCCUCCUCUGUCAUGGGCUCAUUUUCUAAGAAGCCUAAGAAGGAGAGUCCUACAAACUAUAUCUCUGACACCGAGUCUGAAUUGCCCAUGGAAGAGUCUAACUACUCAGAAGACCUGGAGGAGAAGAUGAAAGUGUUCAACAACUCCAAGGUGCAGGGCAAGAAGACGGCCCUGGAGAAGCUUGGGGAGGUGGUGGACAUCAUGAAGAAGAGUGGCUCAGAUCCAGUCCAGCAGCUGGCUGGGAUCAAGUUUAUCACCAAGGUCCUAGAGGACGAGGGGCCUCAGGAAAGGAGCACCCUCAGGACAGAUGCUGUCCAGACCAUCCGGGAUAAAGUCCUGAAGCUUGUGGUCGACAUGCUGUGUGGGCAGCCCAAGGAGAAUGUGGUCAGCACCCUGCGUUUCACCCGCACCCUCAUGGUCAAGUACGAGUGGAGGGUCUCCUUUGCCACGGAGGGGGGCGUCAAAGCCAUCCUCUCUUGUAUGCAGGAAUACCCCACUGUUCCACAGAUCCAGCAAGUUGCCCUGGCGACUCUGAUGGUCGUCACAGGCGCCAGUAAGUAUAACCUUAGCAGCAUGAGCAGUUGCUGUCUUCCUCUUUCUGAGUCGGCCACACCCAUGAUGCUCGGAGUCUUUGCCAGUAUUGGCUCUGCCACCCCCGAGGGCUCCAAGGGACUGCUGGCUGCCAUCCCUGCUGCCAUUGAACUGAUGCUCAACACACCUGGGUGUAUGUUGUCGGUAAGGAACGGUCUGUUGGUGAUCAUCAUGCUGAUCUCUAGUAGUAAGAGCCUGGCGGAGCAGCUGGUGGCCUGUGAUGUCAGCACCGUGCUCAAGAAGUGCCUCGCGGCGUCACGGCCAGAGAAAUGGCUGGCCAUCAUCGCCCUCAACCACAUCUCCAUGGACCACAAGCUGGAGAAAAAAGAGUUGAUGGAGGAGUUGGACUUCAAGGAUGCGGAGCUAAAGAUGCUGGUGGUGAGUCUGAAAGAGAUGACAGCCAACAAGGAGGUGAUCCUGACCCUGGAGCAGCUGCUCUGUGACAACUCCUCCCAGCUAGAGGAGGAGUGCAACCAGGUGACCCGUAGCCGAGAGACCUACCAGGACCUGGUGCGCCUCAUGGACCAGCACCGGGCUGACCGGGCCACACAGCUCUCCAUCCUCAGAAUAUUGAACAAGGUCUUGGACAAUUACCAGGAGGAUCUGCUUCCAUGGCAUGAGAACAUAGAACCAUGCUUGUCUUCUAUGACCACAUUCAUCAAUGACCGUGAGGUUGUCCAGCAGCUCAUCCGCUUCCUGUAUCGCCUGGCCUCUCUGAACAAAGACUAUGCCGUGGUGAUGUGUCGUCUGGGCACAAAGGAAGCCCUGGUCAAGGCGCUGGACAAGCACAGUGUCAACUUGCUUAUGGUCACAGAGCUGCGGGACUUAAUCACAGACUGUGAUAAGUACGCCAAUCUCUACAAGAAAAUGACCACCAGUGUUCUGGCUGGUUGCAUACAGAUGGUUUUGGGCCAAAUAGAGGAGCAUCGGCGAAGCCACCAGCCAAUCAACAUCCCCUUCUUUGACGUCUUUCUUCACAAUCUGUGCCAAGGAUCUAGUUUGGAACUCAAGGAGGACAAGUGCUGGGAGAAAGUGGAGGUUUCCUCUAAUCACCAUCGAGCGAACAAGCUCACUGACAAGAACCCUAAAACCUACUGGGAGUCCAAUGGCUGCACAGGUUCCCAUUUUAUCAACAUCUACAUGCACAAGGGGGUGGCUAUUAGGCAAUUGUCAGUUCUUGUGGCCAGUGAAGACUCCAGCUAUAUGCCUGCCCGCAUUGUAGUACUUGGAGGAGACGACCCCACAAAUAUCAAUACAGAGCUGAACACAGUCAAUGUGCCUCCGUCAGCCAAUCGCAUUGUGUUACUGGAGAACAUGACCCGCUUCUGGUCCAUUGUGCAGAUCAGGAUCAAGAGGUGUCAGCAGGGUGGCAUCGACACGAGGGUCCACGGUUUUGAGGUGUUGGGGCCCAAGCCCACCUUCUGGCCCGUUUUCAAGGAGCAGCUCUGCUGUCGCACCUACCUUUUCUACACCACCAAAGCCCACACCUGGUGCCAGGAGAUCCUUGAGGACAAGGCCCAGCUGCUGCAGCUCUUCAACAAACUGAACAGUGCUCUGCGACAUGAGCAGAUGUUUGCUGACCGCUUCCUGCCCGAUGCCGAGGCAGCGGAGGCUCUGGGACGCACUUGCUGGGAGGCCCUCAUCACCCCCAUCGUACAGAUCAUCACCAUCUCUGAAACCCAAGACCUCAGUCCCCUCUCUUGGUUACUCACUGAGUACCUGGACAACGCAGAGUCAGCCAGGCGCUGCAAGAGUCGGGCCGCCAUCUUCAACUCCCGCGUCCGUCGCCUCACCCACCUACUGGUCCAUGUGGAUACCAGCCGAGUGAACACAGAGGAGCUCAAGCCGCCCAUCAAAUGCAAAGGUAUCAACCGAAGCAAAGUUUUAAAGAAUGGCAAAGAGGGAAAGAACAAGGAUGCAGCUGCUGUGUCCUCUUCGUCCUCCAACUUUGUCAAGGGGAAGAACAUCAGCAGUAUUGCAGGGAUAGCACUAUGUUGGCAGGGCGUGGUACAGAGACAGGUGAAGAAGUUCUUGGACUCGACGUGCAGUCUGCCAGACUUUGUGGAGCGUUACAGGAACAUGUACCUCUGUCUGAAGAAUGCCAUGGAGGAGCUGUUUGGCCAACAGACAGCAUUUGUGCUGGCUCUCCGCCACGGUUUCUCUGCUGCUCUCCUACAGCUCUCCAUCCUCACCGCCAUGCAUAUGAGUGAGCGGUUUGCCCAGUACAUCGACAUGAUGAUCCAGGAGAGUGGAGUGGACUCUGGCAACGUGGAGACUCUUAACCAGUUGCAGCAGUUUCUAGAACCUAUGCUCUUCCUCUCCGGCCUGGAGCUUGCCAACACCUUUGAGCACUGUUACAGGUACUACCUCGGUGACAGGCUGCUGGGCCAAAGCAAGGUGUGGCUGGAGACUGCUGUCAUAAUGCAGAUAGGCACCUGCUUCCCAAACCGCUUCCCCCAGCAGAUGCUGAAGAAUCUCAGUGAGUCUGAGGAGCUGCAGCAGGAGUUCCACCUCUACCGCCUCCAGCAGCUGGACAAGACCCUGCAGGAUGUCAACGAGGAGAUGAUGGAUGAUCAGCCGUCCGAGCCUGAUGAGGAGAGUGAGGUGAAGGUGCUGGUCCUGUCUCCUCGCUGCUGGGCAGUCUCCUCACCCUGCUACCUGGACAACUCCAGCAGAUACUUCCCCAAGCAGCUCUCCACCUACCUGGCCGAGUACACAGAUUUCUACUCUAACAGCCAGUGCAUGUACAAUCUGACCCACAGUAAGCCCCGCCGUCUACAGUGGACCUGGCUGGGCCAUGCAGAGCUGCACUAUGGCUCCUGCACUCUCUACGUCUCCACCCUGCAGAUGUACAUCCUCCUACAGUUCAACCACCAACCGGAUGUAUCUGUGGAGGCUCUUCAGCAGGCUACAGGCCUUUCUCCGACAGUGCUGGCCCAUGCACUGUCUCCCCUCACUGCAGAGAAGGGCAUUCUCACCACAGACAGCCCUGACACCAAUCUUGUGAAUGGAGUCCUGAGGUUGAACAUAAAAGCUCUGUCUCAGAGUUUGGAAAACCACAGCUACUGCUACCUGCUGCCAAAGCAGACCUACCUGAAUGUGGACGAGGACGCUGCCUGCUCGCUGGAGAGGAAGAGGAACUUCAUCUACUGCCUCGUCAUCCAGAUCAUGAAGGCUGAGAAAGAGAUGAACAUAGACAACCUGGUGUUCAGAGUGUUGGAGACGUGUCAGAAGCGGGAGGUGACUCGUUCCCCAGGCUCGGUGCGUUUCAGCUGCAGCACUACAGACGUGCUGUCCUGUGUCAUGCACGUCAUCAGCAAGGGCUACAUCAGGCGCAACGAGGACAGCCCCCACAUCGUGGAGUUCCUGCCUGAAGACCCCUCCACUCCCCAGAAGGGCCAGGCGCAUUUCUCCUUCACCAAGGCAGAGCUGAAGAAUAACCCCAGCAGCAGCAACACCGACAUCAGCCUGGAAGGCAUCUUUGCAGCCCCUCAGAGUGUGGAAGACGGGGUCCUGGAGGCUGUCCUGUUGUCCAUGGGCCGGACUAUGAACCAGGAGGAGGUCCGGCAGCUGAUGCAGAGCACAGUGCAGCAGGUCUCUGGCACCCUGACUCUGGACCUGGACCGGGCUGAGCACCUGCUGGUCCACUGCAAGUGGAACAUGGACGUGCUAAUCCAGCGCUACACAGACGACCCAGACUCCCUGGUCAUGGCUGCUGGGCUGAGGGGCUGGAACCCCCAGCCACCCCCCAGCCCUGUGUCCAGCUGCCCUGUGUGCCUCAUCUCUCAAACAGGGGAGGCAGAGCCCGUUCCCACCCUCUGCUGCAUGCACUACUGCUGCCGGUCUUGCUGGCAGGAGUACCUCACGGCCAGAAUUGAGCAGAACCUGGUGAUGAACUGCAACUGUCCAAUAACAGACUGCCGAGCACAACCUACUUCCCAGUUCUUCUUCAACAUCCUGACCAACAAGGACACCAUCACCAAGUAUGAGAACGCUCUCCUCCGAGGUUAUGUGGAGUGCUGCUCCAACCUGACCUGGUGCACCAACCCCGUGGGCUGUGACCAGAUCCUGUGCAGGGAGAACAUUGGCAGCAUGGGCACCUGCUCAAAGUGCUGCUGGUCCUCCUGCUUCAGCUGCAACUUCCCAGAGGCUCACUACCCAGCCAGCUGCAGUCACAUGUCCCAGUGGAUAGACGAUGGUGGCUACUACGAGGGUAUGACCAUGGAAGCUCAGAGUAAGCACCUUGCCAAACUCAUCUCCAAACGCUGCCCCAGCUGCCAGGCCCAGAUAGAGAAGAACGAAGGGUGCCUACAUAUGACUUGUGCCAAAUGUAAUCAUGGAUUUUGCUGGAGGUGUCUCAAGCCAUGGAAACCAACCCACAAAGAUUACUUCAACUGCUCAGCUAUGGUGAGUAAAGCAGCAAGGCAGGAAAAGAAGUUCCAAGACUACAACGAGAGAUGCACUUUCCACAACCAAGCCAAGGACUUCGCCAUCAAUCUAGAGAGCAAAGUCUCCUCCAUCAAUGAAGCCUUGCAAAUGAAGUCGUUGACGUUUGUUAUUGAUGCCUGCAAAGUCCUCGCUCAAGCGCGCAAGGUGCUGGCCUACUCGUGUGUGUACAGCUACUACAACCAGGACACAGAGAAGAUGGAUGUGAUGGAGCAGCAAAUGGAAGCCCUGGAGCUUCACACCAAUACACUACAGAUCCUGCUGGAGGAGACCCUGUUGCAGUGUACGGAUCUAGCGUCCUGCAUCCGUCUACUGAAGCCUGAGCACCUCAACACUGGCCUGGAACUCAUUUGCCGCAUUCAGGAGCGUCUGGUGGCCAUUCUACAACACUCGACCCAGGACUUCCGAGUGGGAUACAACUCCAAAACAGGACAGGAACUGGAAUCUGCUCAAGCUUCAAAUCUUUCUAAGACCACAGACGCCAACAAAGUGGCUGGGGGCUCUGAGUCUGACAACCAUAACAACGAGGGUGGAGAUGAGGCAGAGGAGGAUGAAUGGUAUGACGAUGAAUAUGUUCCCGAAUGGCAUGAAGAUGACGAGGAUGACUUCUUUUCUGAUGAUGACGAGUCCGAAAACCUAGAGAGGGAUUUCAGUCCUUUUGACUAAACAUCUGAAAAUAGGAACAAAAAAAUGUCAGUCUCAAUCUGUGCAGGCACUGCAAGCACCACAUAAAUAUAUUUUGGGAAAAAAACAGUACUUAAUAAACAAACAAAAAUCCAUCAGAGAGAGCGAUGGGGACAGAGAAAAGCCAUGGUCUGUUUUGAAGUGAGGCUGUGUGUGAUCCUUCAUUUUUCCAGUCAGCCUCUUUGCGCUUAGCCUUCACAAUUUCAGUCCCAUGCCACAACUGCAAUUGUUAGAUGGGCACACUUACAUGUUCCACUUAUUGUUCAUCACAUAGGUUUGAAUUCCUAGAGCCUCAUUCUUUUUCACAUGACGCUGUUUUGAAGCCGAUGAGGGUACCAUGACUGUCAGACAUAAUGAAGGAUCCCUGUAAGAAAAUAUUUGAGGUGUGACGAUAUACUUGAGAAAAAGCCCAUACUUUGUGUAAUACAAAUGCUACUUUUUCAUUUACCAGCGUGACUGAAAAGGGAUUUUAUAAUCCAGCGCUAGGAAGGCUGUUAAAUUGGCAGAAUGUUGUUCAUUGCCAAAUGGCUUGCCUUGAUAUAUUUUUGUAAUACAUGGAUAUAUGCCUUCAUUCAUAACGAUAAAGUACUCAUUCAGAAAAUGUAUAUUUCCAUAAUGAAACUUAAAACACUGAAUUAUUGUACGUUAAUUUAGAAGGCUAUUAAAAGCUCAAGACUGCGGUUAAUACAAUGUUUGUGCGACCUUUUCAUGGGUUAUUAAAGGGCUGCAAGGGAGAGAAGAUUGGGAGGAAAAGGAUGUAAGGUAUUGGGUGUGCCUGACAACAGUAGCUGACGACUCGAAACAUUCUUGCGCUGCAUUGUAGUUCGCUACAUACUUCUUCAGCGAUUGGAUCGUCUCUGACCAAUCAGUGUCAAAACCAGUGACACAUUUUCAAACCGCUGCUUUACCCAUCGGUUUCUGGACCAAUCAGACGGCCUUGAAUGUGUUCGCAAGUCGGUGAAGGGUCAGGGAGGUACUCCAAUCAAUCAAAUGUAUUUUAUAAAUCCCUUUUUACAUCAGCAGUUGUCACAAAAUGCUUACACAGUUACCCAUCCUUAAACCCCAAUGCGCAAGCAAUGCAGAUGUAGAAGCACAGAGCCACUCAUUGCAGAGAUUAAACUAACGUCCGUGGGUGUAGCAUUUGGCCGGAGCAAGGAGUCUGGGUAGUCAGGCAAUGAGGGAGUUCUAUUAACCUGAGCUGUGGUGCACCGUUCUAUUGUCCACAACGUGAACUUGCAAAAGCGGUGAGGGGGGAGCGCCCUCACAAAUGGAACAGUAAUCUGCGCCGCUUUCAUGUCAACAAGGCACAAUGGUGCAUAGUCUAAAACCUACAUCUCUUUUCCAUUAAAUGUUUUAAUUUUCAAACUAGUUUUCAUUGGGAAGGCACAGAAAGCGUCUUUAUCAAAAGCAAUAACUUUUGCAUAUAUGGGGCGGCAGGGUAGCCUAGUGGUUAGAGCAUUGGACUAGUAACCGGAAGGUUGCAAGUUCAAAACACCCGAGCUGACAAGGUACAAAUCUGUCGUUCUGCCCCUGAACAGGCAGUUAACCCACUGUUCCUAGGCCGUCAUUGAAAAUAAGAAUUUGUUCUUAACUGACUUGCCUGGUUAAAUAAAGGUAAAAUAAAAUUUAAAAAAAUAAAAACAUAAUCCUACUCAUUACUCCACGUGCUUAAUCUAGCCUAGGCUAUAUCAUGCUUUUGAAAUUUACAAUUUUUUUGUUGUUGAUAUUUUGUCAAUGUUUAUCUGUAUAUGGGUUGGGGUAUUUGAUAUCUCAACAUGCCAUUUUGCUGUUGAGAGAUCCUUAUAUUCACCAUGUGCAUCUUCAAAAAAUGUAUAUUUCUGAUCUCAAUGUUGAAUUUGUGCAAUGUCAGCGGACGAAAUAAAUGCGCUUUCUGCAAUCAUGCUGGAGUGA